AUGUCUUUAAUUGAAGACUACAUUGAAAAUACAAAUGAACCCUCAAAUCCAUAUUAUGCUACGAAUUCUGGAAGUUUUUUUCCAGAAUCUUUAGGAUUUGAGCCCGUUAUGUUGGAAGGAUUUGUUACUACUGGUUUAGCUGAGGAAUCUUCAAAUGUUUUUACAUUGGAUCGUGUUCAAUUUCAAUUUCCGGCAUCUUUAGUAGCAAUGGCAGUAUCUAAUGAAAUUCUUAUAAUGGCUUUAGAGACUAACCAUAUAUUGAGAAUAGAUUUACAACAAGCACACGACGUAGAGGAUAUUGAAAUUCCAAAGAAACCCGGUGAAUUAAAAAUCUACAAGAUAUUUUUUGAUCCAACUGGAAGACAUUUACUUAUUACAACUGAACAGGGAGAAAACUUUUAUUUAUUUGUUGAGAAAUGGAAAAAAGCCAAAGCACUUACCAAAUUUAAAGUUAUUGGUUGGAAUAAAUUCACAGUAACGCCAACAGAUACUUCCACAAAAAAGAUUUUGAUUGGAAGUCGUAAUGGAUUAAUUUAUGAAGCAGAGAUUGAACCAACUGAAGAGUUUUUUAAGAAAGAAGAGAAAUAUUCCACAACACCCACAAGAAUUUAUCAAUUUAUUGGUAAUGCAAAUCCUAGUGCAGAUAUUGAUAGUGGUGCAAUGUUUGAAAGUUUAUUCUCUAAAUAUGAAUCUAAUCCUGGAUUCCAGGAACUUCCUGGUGAUCUACCAUACAGCGAAUUACAUUUUUUUGCACCAUAUAAUGAUCAAGGAUCUGCUAAAACCUUUGCAUGGUUGACAGGACCUGGUAUAUAUCAUGGUAAUCUUGUUUUUGGGUCACAAGAUGUUGGUGAUAGUGUAAUUGACGUUGCACAAUUAUUACCUUAUCCAGCAACACCAUCUGAAAAUGAUCCAAAUUCAGUAGUAUCAGAGAUUCCAUUAUCCAUUGCUCUAACCGAAUUCCAUUUUAUAAUGUUAUACCAGGAACGUAUAAGAGCAAUAUGUCAAUUAAAUGAUGCAAUAGUUUAUGAUGAAAUCAUUCCACUUAAAGCAGGUGAACAAGUUCGUACAAUGACAGUGGAUACUGUUAAAAACACUUUUUGGGUUUAUACAGAUUCAUCGAUAUUUGAACUUAUUAUAAAUAAAGAGGAUAGAGAUGUAUGGAAAUUAUAUUUGGAAAAACAAAAGUUUGAUAUAGCAUUGAAAUACUGUAAGAAUCAAGCUCAAUGCGACAAAGUUUUAACUACACAAGCAGAUUAUUAUUUCUCGCAAGGACGAUUCACACAAUCCGCCAAUUAUUAUGCCCAAUCUACUGUGCCAUUUGAAGAGGUGGCACUUAAAUUUGUUGAACGUGAUCAAAGAGAUGCUUUAAGAACUUAUUUAUUGAAUAAACUGAAUAAGUUAAGACGAACGGAUCUGACUCAAAAAACAAUGAUUUCAACUUGGCUUGUUGAAAUAUAUUUAAACAAGCUUAAUAUGCUAGAAGAUUCUUCAACCUUAUCAAGUGUUGGAUCUGAGGAUUCACACUUGGAUCGACCUACAACAUAUAAUCUUAUUGCUAGUCAUGGACGCGUGAAAGAAUUGCUUUUCUAUGCUACUUUAAUAGGUGAUUAUGAAAAAGUCAUUUCACAUUGGAUUUAUGAAUCUGAUUAUAAACAAGCUUUAGAUGUGUUGAGUAAAGAGGCUUCUAAUGAUACAUUCUAUAAAUUUGCACCGAUAUUAAUGGAACAUGCACCAUAUGAAACUGUUAAUGUCUGGAUGCGACAACCAAAUCUUAAUCCAAGAAAUCUAAUGCCAGCAUUAUUGAAAUAUGAUCACUCAAAUGCACCAGAAAAUGUCACACAAAACCAAGCUAUAAGAUAUUUACAAUAUGUGGUACAGCAACAAAAUAAUACUGAUCCUGCGAUUCACAAUUUUCUGUUAACACUUUACGCCACACAGCCAACUCGUGAUGAAGCUGCUUUAUUACAAUUUUUGGCAACAGAGGGAAAAGAACCAUACUACAAUAUGGAUUAUGCAUUAAGGCUUUGUAGUCAAAAUGGAAGAAUGCAAAGUUGUGUGCAUAUUUAUAGAAAUAUGAAACUUUAUGAAGAAGCAGUUGAUCUGGCAUUAAAGGAUAAUGAUUUGGAACUUGCUGCAAUCAAUGCUGAAAAACCAGAAGGAGACGAAGAAUUAAGGAAAAAACUUUGGCUAAAAAUAGCUAGACAUGUAGUAGAGAAAAAACGAGAUAUAAAAACUGCAAUGAACUAUCUACAAAAUAGUGAUAUACUUAAGAUCGAAGAUAUAUUACCUGAAAUAUGUUCGGCACUUAAAAAAUAUAAUGCAAAUAUUGAGGAAUUAAAAAGAGAUAUGGAUGAAGCAACUAAAAGUGCCGAAGGUAUUAGAUUAGAUAUACGAGAAUUACGAUGUCGAUUUGCAGUUGCGGAAAAACAUCUUAAUGCACGUCAAUUACAAAGAGUUUUAAAAUUACAAGAACUAAUAGCCAAAGAAAUAUCAAAACCAUCACAAGAUGUAGUAGCACAUGUAAAACCAACUACUGCAACAGGAGGUCUGGAUCGAAUAAAAGGUUUGAUAUUACCAGAAACUACAGCUCACACUGGAGACGACGUUGCAGUUGUUGUGCCUAAGGUAGAUCAAUUAAAGGAUGAAUUAGAUGAUUUGGUUGCAUCGGAAUGUAUUCUUUGUGGUGAUCUAAUGAUUAAAACAAUCGAGCAACCUUUUAUUAAUGGAGAAGAAGGCGAUUUGCUUGCGUCUUGGGCCAUUUAA